AUGAGCUCUCAAUUCAACUACACAGUUGCCCCGCACCUUGAAGAAUUCGCGGUCCCAUUUCCCACCUUCCGCGCCGCCAACCCCAAUUAUGCACACUUUGUAGGCGGCGGCCUGAUAUUUUCACGAACUGCGGUAACAGAAGACCAAGGGAUCAAGAAUGGGACAGAGCGCGAAAAGAAACCACAUCCUUUUCGCCUCCUCCUUCUCCAACGCGCCUUCGAAGAUUCUUAUGGUGGACACUGGGAAGGGCCCGGUGGAUCCUGCGACCCUGAAGACGAGACGCUACUAGACGGAGCAGCGCGUGAGAUCUUCGAAGAAGCCGGCUUGCGUGUCUCGAGGUUCGUCGAACUUGUUGGGAAAGAUGAGUGGGUGAAAGUACGCCCGGACCGGGUCGAUAUAGUGGCCAAAUAUACGUUUCUUGUGGAGGUACACGAGGCAAAGCCUGCUGUUUCUGGCGAUGGUCACGACAACAAUGGGUUAGCAGCUGAUAAGCUGGAUGAUGGGACUGUGGCUCCUGGGCUGGAGAGAGGCUGGGAGUAUAGAAUCAAGUUGGAUCCUGCAGAGCACCGGGCAUUUGAGUGGGUUACCGAGGAGGAGGUCAAACAGGGCGAGGAGGACAGCUCGGGGAAAUUUAAAUCAUUUGCGAGUCAAGGGAGGACGAUGUUAGAUGCUUUUCAGAUGCUAAGAGAAAGACCUCUGUUGGCUUAG